UUCAUCUUUCCACGUAGCUAAAAAACCGCCUGCAAAUAUAAAAUUAUUCCUAUUUAUUUAUUUUUUUUGAGCAAAUUCCUAUUUAUUUAUUUAUUUUCUUCAGCUCAUAUUCCAUUUUUUUUUUCUGACAAAGCUCAUAUUCGAUUAAUUAGAAACUAAAUCAAGUUUCUGAAAAAAAAAAAAAAGAAGAAAAAGAAAAGUUUGAUUAAUCACGACAAAAAGAAAAAAUGAUGAGAAUCGCAGUAGCGUGCGCAAAGAGACUUGUUGGAACGGCGUCGUUUGAGACACAAGUUCCGGCAAUUAGGGUUCUUCCACGAUUCUACCACGAGAGGGUUGUCGAUCAUUACGAUAAUCCCCGGAAUGUUGGAUCCUUCGAUAAGAACGAUCCUACGAUAGGAACUGGUCUUGUUGGAGCACCCGCUUGUGGCGAUGUUAUGAAGCUUCAGAUUAAGGUUGAUGAGAAAACCGGAAAAAUCAUCGAUGCUCGCUUUAAGACCUUUGGCUGUGGUUCCGCCAUUGCUUCUUCCUCCGUCGCUACUGAAUGGGUUAAGGGAAAGCAAAUGGAGGAGGUUUUAACUAUUAAGAACACUGAAAUUGCAAAGCAUCUUUCACUCCCACCAGUUAAGCUACACUGCAGCAUGCUUGCUGAGGAUGCUAUAAAAGCUGCUGUUAAAGAUUAUGAAGCUAAGCGAGCCUCCGCUACUGCAAGCACAACAGCCACAGGAGAAAAAUCUGCCACUGCAUGAUUUCUUCCAUUUCUGGAAUGACGAUGAAAAAAAACCCAUUACUAUAAUUCUCCAAGGUUGCUAAUGAGUGCAUUGCAUGUUAUUAAAACAUCUUUAUAAGACUUUUCUUGGUUGUACCUAGGCAGCCAGAUUGUAUUCUCAUGAAGUAAAAUAAAUACUAGUAUUCUUUAGCAAAAAAAAAAAAAAAAAACUAGUAUUGCUGCCUAUAGUUUGUUAUUUGCAUGGUUUGUUUGUAGGAAUCAUAUUAUAUUUUUGUUUAAAUAUGUACACAAUACAAUCAGAAUAUGCACAUGUAAGUAGUUGGAAGCCCACCGCUUAUACAUGGAAGAAUUCCCUGAAUUGUUGAAAAUAAAAUACAACAGAUCUUGAAAUGUUUGCAACACA